AUGGAGGAGGAAGAUGAUGAUAACUUAGUCUCCCCUUUGGAAGGUCAUUCGACCAGGCAACGCCAUCGGACUUCUUCAUCUGGUUCGAAUAGGUCUUAUGAUCAGCCUAGCCAUAUCCAACUUGGGAACACAACUGAUAUCAAUACUAGUGGCCCUAGUGUCACUGAUCCUGCUAAUUACCCAUCCACAAGUUACCCACAAAUCUCAGAAUCCGUGCCUCUUCCACCGCCUCAUCAAAAUGCAAGUCAUCUUCCGCCUGACAUUAAACGCAGAAUUGAUGAAAUUAUAUCAGCAGCCAUGAGAGGGACCAAUGUUACCGAAGCCUUGGCAAGUGUUCUUACUGAACGCUUCGGGUUAACCGACCUCUCAUCUGGAAUACCACUUGUUGGCGGCCAAGAAUCACCCUGCCACACUAUUACACCAACGUCUAGCUCUUCUUCUAGGCCUCUUCACAUGUCAAAUGUAUCCAGCGAAAACGACCGGCCCAUCUCUCGGACCACACGAAUGGCCAGUCCUACAAGAACUUCCUCCUUUCCACCUAGUCAAAUUCUUGACCAGUACGAAAAUAUUCCACCUGAUGUUGUUGCAGGGGUACACUUCGCCUCCACCUCCACUGUCACUGAUUCAAAUCAAGAUCUGACUCCUGAAAGCCUCCUUCGUAAUUUGAAUGAUUUGGAGCAUCGCCUGGAAGAAGUUAUUCAAGUGUUAAUGUUAAACGUUGGUGCUAACGCAGAGAGUGAUUAUAUGGCUGCCAUCCGUCAUGUGAUAAGAACCUGUCAGAUCGAUAUCUACAUUCUGAGACGCAUGCUCCAGAACAUUUGA